GCACCACCAGCACCACCAGCACCACCAGCCCCACCACCACCACCAACAAUGCCACCAGCCCCACCAGCACCACCAGCGCCACCAGGACCUGCACCGCCACCAGCACGACCAGCCCCACCACCACCACCAAUGCCAACACCACCACCAACCCCACCACAACCACCAGCUCCACCACCUCCACCAGCACCACCACCAACGCAUAUGCCACCAACACCACCAGUGCCACCAGCACCACCACCACCACCACCACCACCACCAAUGCCACCAGCACGACCAGCACCACCACCUCCACCAGCAGCACCACCAGCACCACCACCAACACCAAUGCCACCAGCACGACCAGCGCCACCAGCCCCACCACCAGCACCACCAGUGCCACAAGCCCCAACAGCACCACCACCAACACCAACAGCCCCACCAGCACCACCACCACCACCAAUGCCACAAGCUCCACCAGCACCACCACCACCACCACCACCAAUGCCACCGGCACCACCAAUGCCAACAACACCACCAAUGCCACCAGCCCCACCACCACCACCAAUGCCACCAGCACGACCAGCACCACCAGCUCCACCACCACCACCAGCACCACCAAUGCCACCAACACCACCAGCCCCACUAACACCACCAAUGCCACCAGCACCACCAAUGCCACCAGCCCCACCACCACCACCAAUGCCACCACCACCAGCUCCAGCACCACCACCAGCACCACCACCAACUCCACCAGCA